UGGCCUCUAGUAGCUACAGUGUGAUCCUGCGUCGCCUUGCAUGUUUGUGUGCAAAUGUUUUCACCACGGCCUGUAGAUUUAGGUUGUGGAUCCGACUGUUUUCUAUAUAUUGACAACCCAGUCUUUCCUGAGACAUUGUGCAUUAUAUGUCCAUUGGGCUGAACACAAUUUAAACUUAGUCUUGAAUGAUGCAUGCCAAGUUAUACCAGAGAUAAGAAUUGAUAUUGCUACCACACAACUCAAACGCCAGUUCACCGGUAUGAACAAUAUCGCCCAAGAACUAUUAAUGUUGAUCCGCUAAAGAUGAUAAUGAGUUUGAGUUUAUUUAUUCUUGCUCACAGAUGAAACUGAAGAAAUGCAGACUUUACAUUACUAAUAAUAAAACACUAAUUUAAAAUACAUAACACAUAAUACGUGACAUAAAUAGAAUAUUGAACAGUUGUAAACAUUACAGGACAUUUUUUCAUGAUGGAAAGAAAUGUAAAUAUUGAAAUGUGAUUUAAAAAUGUAGAAUUUUUGGGAGAACCAUGGGGGGCUGUAUUGAGUAGCUUGGAUGAAUAAGGUUCCCAGAGGUGCCCAGAGUAAACUGCUUGCUCCUCAGUCCGAGUUGCUAAUAUAUGCAUAGUAUUAGUAUAUUUGGAUAGAAAACACUAUGACAUUUCUAAAACUGUUUUAAUGAUGUCUGUGAGUAUAACAGAGCUCAUAUGGCAGGCAUAAACCUGAGAAAAAAUCCAACCAGGAAGUGGGAAAUCUGAGGUUGGUCGAUUUUCAACUCAGCCCCUAUUGAAGUUACAGUGGGAUAUUGGUCAUCUUGCACUUCCUAAGGCUUCCACUAGAUGUCAACCAUCUUUAGAAACUUUUUUGAUGCUUCUACUAUGAAGGGGGGCUGAAUGAGAGGGGAAUGAUUCAGAGGUCUGCCAGCAGUCACUCGCUGGUCACGCAUGAGAGGUUCCUUUGCUUUUCUGAAGAGAAAGGAAUUCUCCUGUUGGAAUAUUAUUGAAGAUUUAUGUUAAAAACAUCCUAAAGAUUGAUUCCAUACAUCGUUUGACAAGUUUCUACGGACUGUAGUGGAACUUUUUGACAUUUCGUCUGCAACUAGUGAACGAGCUUCGUGAGUUUUGAUUUGUUUACCAAACGCCCUAACAAAAGUAGCUAUUUGGACAUAAAUGAUGGACAUUAUCGAACAAAUCAAACGUUUAUUGUGGAACUGGGAUUUCUGGGAGUGCAUUCUGAUGAAGAUCAUCAAAGAUAAGUGAAUAUUUAUAAUGUUAUUUCUGACUUCUGUUGACUCCAAAAUGGCGGAUAUAUGUAUUUGUUCUCUGAGCGCCGUACUCAGAUUAUUGCAUGGUUUGCUUUUUCCGUAAAGCUUUUUUGAAAUCUGACACAGCGGUUUCAUUAAGGAGAAGUGCAUCUAAAGGUCUAUGCAUAACACUUGUAUUUUCAUCAACAUGUAUAAUGAGUAUUUCUGUAAAUUGAUGUGGCUCUGCAAAAUCACCGGAUGUUUUUGGAGCUACUGAACAUAGCGCGCCAAUGUAUACUGAGAUUUUUUUAUAUAAAUAUGAACUUUAUCAAACAAAACAUACAUGUAUUGUGUAACAUGAAGUCCUAUGAGUGUCAUCUGAUGAAGAUUACCUUUCUUUCAAAGGUUAAUUUUUAAUUAUGUCUCUAUUUCUGCUUUUUGUGACUCCUCUCUUUGGCUGGAAAAAUGGCUGUGUUUUUCUGUGGCUUGGCUCUGACCUAACAUAAUCGUUUGUGGUGCUUUCGCUGUAAAGCCUAUUUGAAAUCGGACACAGUGGUGGGAUUAACAACAAGAUUACCUUUAAAAUGGUAUAAGAUUUGUAUGUUUGAGGAAUUUUAAUUAUGAGAUACACCACUAGAAGAAGACAUAGGGUGAUGGUUACUAGCCUGGCACCACAGCUACACCACCAGAAGAAGACAGAGGGUGAUGGUUACUAGCCUGACUCCACAGCUACACCACAGGAAGAAAACAGAGGGUGAUGGUUACUAGCCUGGCUCCACAGCUACACCACAGAAAGAAGACAGAACAUGAUGGUUGCUAGCCUGUGGCUUUCACAAGGGUGGUAGUAGUGAAGGACUUUGGUAGGUAGGCAUACUGAUUUGUGCACUGUUGGCAUGAGUUGUUUUGUUGUUGAUGAAGUUUCCUGGAUUUUUCCAAGGCAUGAAGUUAGAGAGAUGGGCCUCCAGUCACCCGUUGUACAUGGGUUUGACACUUUAGCUAUGGGGACACACAUUGGCAAUCUUCCAGGCAGCAGGAACAGUCCCCUGCCACUAGGUGGUGUUAACUAUGUGUGUGAUGACAGGGGCUAGAUCUUCUGCAUGCUCUUUUAGUACUGUUGGAUUCGGGGUAAACUUUGAAGAUUGAGAUAUUAAAGACAUGAUAGAUCAGAAGCAUAGUAUAUAAAGGAGUGAAACAUACAGACUUUUACGUCAGAGAUGAAUGGUCCUCUGUAUAAAGACAGAUGGCUUUGGAAUGUGUUGGGUGGACGGGAGGAGGUCACAGGAUUGCUAUAGGGGAAGCGGAUGGACAUCUGUGGAUUAGGCAGACGAAGGAGGGGUUGAGGUCAGGAGGUCAGGUCAGAUCCCCUGAAGGAAGUAAUAAGGGUUUAGUAUCCUGUUACCCUCUUCCUGUGGAACCAUAAGAUGUAAGGAUUGGAGAGGAGGUGUGUCUAAAGUGGAGUAUAUAUACGGGUAGUGGUGGAAACAUGUCUGAAACAUGUUUGAAUUACAGCUAGAAUGACCCUUUGGGAAGAAUUCAACUUGGUUAAGCAUCUCUAGUGUCCGUGUGUUAUUUACUCUGAAAAAUAAGAACCUAACAGUACCAAGGCUGGAAUGACCUCAGGCCCACACACUUUACGGGGGCUCAGUCUGGUCAGAGCUUGCUUUAUCUGGCCAAUGCUACACAGCUCAACCUGCCUUGUAGGCAUGGGCAUGGGGAAGAUGGCAAGAGGUGUGUUGUUUGUCCAUGCUUCAGCAAAAAAAUACAUUAAAAACAUCGUUGUCUUCAAUUCCCUCCACCUGUAUUCUCCCUCCUGAUGUUUUCUUUUGUCCAGUCCUUUGUUAAUGAAGUCCCAUCAUUCCUUUGGGCUUCUCUUCUUUAGGUCCUGGUUUUCAGUUUUUAUGGUAGUUUGUCUUUGCUUCUUUGAUAAGCGUUUGCACCUGUGUUUCUGUAUUUUCUCCAUUUCAUCAUUUUACCCCCAUCUGUUGAAUAUCUCCUGUCUUUUCCUGAUGGCGGUCUUUAUUCGUUCAGUCAUCCAGGGCUUGCCCAGUGUUGUUGUUUUCUUAUUUCCUUAUUGGCAUGUAUACAUCAAGUGCAGUUAGAAUGCAGGAGUUGAACAUCUCCACCUUUUGCAUCAAUGCUCUCAGCCUCAUAUUUGGCAGACCAGUCAGUGCUGGCGAUACAUCGUGCCAAUGCCUCCUUUCUGUUCUGGGUUACCAGACAUCCUUUUUUCCGCUGCACCUGGCUUCUCCCUCCUGAUGUUGUGUUUGGGGAGAACAGCAGACAUUUGUGAUCACUGGAUCUGAGAGGAGCAAGUACAGUGGGGGUGUUGUAGUGAUUCUUCAUAUUUGUAAUGAUCAGAUCUAGGAUGGCGUCCCCUCUGGUCUUGUCUUUGACCACUUGUUUCAUGUCUGGAUGGGAGUUUGUCAGCAUCUUGAUAGGCAGGUGAUUAAAGUCUUCACACAGGAUGAGCCCCAUUUGGGGAGAGAACAUCCUGAUCACAUGGACAGUGUUGAUGAGAUAAUCUACAGUAUUCUGCUGAAGUGUUUUCUCAUUUGCCCAUAGUGGAUGGUAGAGUACUCCCACUAACAGAGUUGAGACUGAGCUGGGGAGUGGUUUAGGACGGCGCUGAAGCCACAUACACUCAAACUCCUCUUUGUCGAGGUCAGUUCUUCUCUUUGCCUGCAUACUGUGAUUUACAUACAGAGCCACACCCUCUCCUCUCAUCCCCUCUGGACCUGUCAUUUCAGAACAGCUGGUAGUUAUAUAUCAAAAGAGAUUCAUCUGAGAUAUUUUCGUUGUCCAGAGUUUCAGUGACACAUCCAAUGUCUGCAUUUACGAAUUGAAGAAGCAGUUCAAAUUCAUCCACUUUGUUUAUCAAUGAUCUUGAAUUACAAACAAGCACAUUCAGAGUCUCUGCGGCAUUUCUGGACGUAUUUGCGACAUCACAAAAUUCAGUUAAAACUGCAUUCACGUGAGCAAUUGUGUUUUUUGAAUGUAUUUUAGGUGACCUUAUAUUGUCAGUAUUUUCCUCCGUCUGCCCUUACCAGCUGUAGUCCCUGUCACCUGGCUUGUCGCGCUCAUUAUCCCGAAGCACUGAAGUUUGUCUCGGAUAUGCAGUGCCAGUGGAGGUGCAUGUGUUUUGUAAAUCCCUUAGAAAAUGUGAUGAGUAUUCCACAACGUUUGUACAGUCCAUCGUUGUCAAAGCCAUGCUUGAUCCAUUAAAAGAGCAGGGGAAAGUAUGCAGUGUGACACAACAACAACAACAACAAAAAACACCAACAAACAUUUCAAACGUUGUAACACAUCGAGAGGCUGCCUGGAAGCGUCAAUGACAACAACUCCGAAUCUUAAGUAUAAUCUGUUUGCAUCUGCCAAUUUAUUGGCUGUCCGGUAUACAGACGACCUCCAGAGCUUCCUAUACAGUUAAUCUCUUUCCGGAACGUCUUGAGGCCAGCAAUUAAGGAGAACGAGAGGCUCAAUUAAAGAUGUUGCAGAACUGCUGUAUUUGAAUCACCACUCCCAGUUUCCCUGAUGUUACUACGGCAAUGUUUUUAACCAUCCCUGUAACUUUUGCUUCUGCCUAAUAGUUUGUUUUCUAAACUAAAACUCCUAAAGAACUUCCUAAGAAGCAUUAGGCUCUCGGUCUGAUUUGAGCUUUAAAACACCUGAGUAAGCUCCACUCAUUGUACUGGCACCAUCAUAGCCUUGACCACUGCAUUUGUACAAAGUCCCCGAUAUCUCUUUACUUUACAAUCAGUUCAAUUCUUUGUUUUUCAAGGACUGAGGCACUUUGAUCAGUCACAUUCUUGAAGCCCAAGAAACAAAUCCUUAGCUUCCUAGUACAUAUGGAAAUUAAAAAGGUGUAUGAAUGACUUUUUGGAGAUUUACUGUCAAAAUGCUUAAUUAAAUGUAAAAAAUAAAUUAAAAAGUCUGAUUAAAAGGCGCAUGGGCCCCCAUAGCUGUCUCGACAAGCUGAGGUAAUGUAACCUGCCAGGUGCUAAGUUGUCUUGACAAGCUGAGGUAAUGUAACCUACCAGGUGCUAUGUUGUAUUGCUGCAUUACUAUAUGUAGGCUUUAUUGCACAGUGUUGAAGUAGAGGGGUGUUACAUUCUUUUCGGUUCUAUUUGCCUGAUUUGUCACUCACUCUCUGACCAGGUCUGUUCUCUCUUCCUUUUUGUUGGUCUCAGAGACGCAGCCCGGUAAGUCGCCACCUGGUGGCUCAUUUUAAAAGUGUCUGCACCCAAAGCACUUGCAUGGAAAUAAAUGAAUUACAAAUAUUAUUGUUUGGAGUGCUGUUCAUUUCAUUCUUUAUAGACCCAAACACUCUAUUUCAUUUCAGUGCCUAUGACAUUUACUGAUGGCCUCACAAAAUAUUGUAUUUUUCCAGUUUCUAUAAAUACUUAACAGUUUCACUCUAUUCUUUCACAUUAGCAAUUGUACAGGGAGACUAAUCCAGGACCUAUACUGUAAUUAUUGGUUGAAUUGUUUACAUUCAUGUUUUUGUAUGUUAGGUUACGAUUCCUUUUUACUGGUAUACUGAAAAGUACUUUGUUUUCGUUGCAGGGCUCAAUAAAGAGACACCUGUCUUGUGAGGAGAUCGCCAGACCCAGACGCUCCACCCCUACGCCAAGCCCCGCCCCCGAGACACAAAGUGAGAGAGUAUCCCAGAAUCGCAGAGCAUCCCCAGCUUUCUUCGGGCCUCCUCCUGAGACGACCUAUGAGACACACAGAUACGAUAGUAACAGAAACGAUGGUGAGGAGAUCGCCAGACCCAGACGCUCCACCCCUACACCAAGACCCGCCCCCGAAACACAAAGUGAGAGAGUAUCCCAGAAUCGCAGAGCAUCCCCAGCUUUCUUCGGGCCUCCUCAUCAGAUGACCUAUGAGACACACAGAUACGAUAGUAACAGAAAUGAUGUAGUCUGUAUAGAGGCUGAUGCAUGGUGUGACUCCAGACCAGACUCUGACUCCCCUUUGACCAGAAACUUUCCCACAGGAGCUCCUCCUCCACUUCCUCCCAAGAACAUCCAAGCAGCUAGUCAAGGCUAUUCUUCGUCUGAUUCUUCCGUUGAUUUACACAAUGGGAGAAUAGUCUCAAGCCCCGCCCCCAUCUACCUGAACGUCCAAUCCCCAGCCUCAUACAGAGGUUCCCCCGUGCCUGACCUGGAAGAUGUGUUCGGCCCCAUGGAAUCCUGCCGGAUCAAUGAGGGCAGGGCCUCACCCCGAUGGGUCAGCUUCAACAGUGAGAGACCACCCCCACCAGAAGAACCGGCCCCGCCUCCGCCCCCUGCCUAUCCUCCUCCUGACUCGCCCAACUCCCUCUCUUCCACCCCAGACUCCCCCUGCCUCUCCCCGGGCCCUCCUCCGGAUGAGCCUCCCCCCUCCCCGCCGCCCUUUUCCUCUCCCCCAGACUCGCCCAUCUCCAUAAUCUCCAUUCCCCCUCCAAAUGAACCUGUUCCCCCCCUGCCUCCAGACUUCUUGCCCCCAGACUCCCCGCCGUGCAUCGCCAUCAAUCCUAGUCUGUUUUUGGAUGAUGAUGAGAUACUGGAGUACUCCCAUGCUCCCUCUACCCCUGCUGCCCCACUGGAAUACUCCCCUGCCCCUACCAGUCCCAUCCCUCCCCCCCUGCCUGCGGAGCGCUCCCUUCGGGCAGGCAUCCCUUCCCCUCUGGUGUUCCUUAGGGAGGAGCAGCCUGACUUUAUGUCCUGGCCCCUGGUGCUGACCCCGGGCUUCAGGGGCGUGCCGUCCCCCCUCCUCCCGCCCGCCUACAGGCCCAUGGUGUCUUCCCCCGGACCCUGCCCAGGCAGUGGCCCCUCCUCUCCACCUCGCCCUGCCAAGCCCAUGUCAGGAGGUAGUCCAGUCCCUCCCCCUCUUCCUACAAGGCCCUCCUCUCGACCCAAACUGCCCCCUGGGAAACCAAUGGGAGACCUGGCUCGGCCAUUCAGCCCCCCAGUCUCCGGCAGCCCCCCUCCCUUCGCCCCCCUGGCCCGAGCCGAGAGUUCCUCUUCCAUCACCUUGCUGAGUGCAGCCUCCACCCCCACCCUGGGGAGAGAGCUCAACAUAUCCACUACAGGAUGCUCCAGAGGACCCAGCCCACUGACCAUGGGAGCCCAGGACACUCUGCCCGUGGCGGCUGCCUUCACUGAGACCAUCAACGCCUACUUCAAAGGAGCCGACCCCAGCAAGUGUGUGGUGAAGAUCACUGGGGAGAUGGUGCUGUCUUUCCCAGCAGGCAUCACCAGGCACUUUGCCAGCCAUCCGUCUGCCCCUGUGCUCACCUUCAGCAUCAGCAACUACUGUCGGCUAGAGCAGGUCCUCCCCAAUCCACACCUACUGUGCUGUGACACCACCAUGUCCAAUGUGGACACCAAGGAGUUCUGGGUAAAUAUGCCAAACCUGAUGAGUCACCUGAGGAGAGUGGCUGACCAGAAGCCUCAAGCAACCUACUACAAUGUGGACAUGAUCAAAUAUCAGGUAGCAGCUGAGGGGAUCCAGUCUACUCCCCUGAACCUGGCGGUAAGUUGGCGUGGCGACACCACCAGCACGGACCUCAGAAUAGACUACAAAUACAACAUGGAGGCCAUGGCCGCAGCCCCCUCCCCCCUCCACAACAUCCACUUCCUGGUCCCUGUGGACGGGGGUGUGGCCGAACUCCAAGCCAUGAUCCCCACUGCCACCUGGAACCCAGAACAGCAGAACAUUCUAUGGAAGAUAUCAAGCCUUUCCCAAAGGUCUGAAAAUGGAGGAGUGGGGGCUCUACUGGGAAGGUUCCAGUUGACAGAGGGUCCCAGUAAGCCGUCCCAGUUGGCAGUGCAGUUCACCAGCGAGGGCAGCACUCUGUCAGGCUGUGACAUCCAGCUGGUGGGGACUGGCUACAGGCUCUCGCUGGUCAAAAAGAGAUUUGCAGCAGGGAAAUAUCUGGCAGACAACUAGUCACCACUGUUGUAAAAUGGAACCCUUUCAACCAUACGAUGGUUUUUGACUGUGAGGAUUGUGAGAGACUUUUUAUGGAUUCUUCAUUCGAUACAAGUUACCAACUGAGAAACGUCCGAAACCUAACGCUUGAGCAAGGAGGGGUAACUGAUGACAUAGCAGCAACAACAGGAUGUGAUGUAAUACGCACUGUCCCCGGGGUUCACCAGGGUAUUGCUUUAUGUUUUAACACACUCAAAUACAGUAGUCGCACUGUUGGAGUUUAUGCAAGUAGUCACCGUUUUCUUUUCUCGUUUUGUGCACCUUGAGGGUUGUUGAGGUCAAUUGUAAAAUAUUUUGUCUGUAAUGUUUUCGUUAUGUGUCGGACCCCAGUAAGACUAGCUGUCACCAUUGGCUUUUGCUAUUGGGCAUCCUAAUCAAUAAAACAUUUAGAAAUCAUAAUGAAAGAUAAUGGAUUCGACACAUUUACUCCCGUUUAGCAAAGUCAAUUAUCAUUGGCAGCACAUACAGUAUUCCAGCCUUAUCUGUGAGAAGAAUUCUAUGUGAUGGAUGGAAGAUGCACUGGACAGAUUUAUGUGAAUAGAUAGACACUGUUGUCAUUCAUUGAUAAUUCAAUUGAUUAUGAAAAGAACAAUUGAUUAUGACAUAACAAUUGAUUAUGACAAGAACAAUUGAUUAUGACAAGAACAAUUGAUUAUGACAUAACAAUUGAUUAUGACAUAACAAUUGAUUAUGACAAGAACAAUUGAUUAUGACAUAACAAGUGAUUAUGACCAGAACUCCACGUGCAGGGUUAGGAUGACAUUUUGGUGUUUUUCUUUUAUUUAUUGGGUUGAUUCAACUGAUAUGGUACCAGCUGGUAUUGCACCAGCACGUUGAGGCCCACAACUUGGAGUUAACGUACAGACAACAUUAUUAUGUAUGUGGUGGUUGUGUGUUUUGCUGGGAGGUCAAGUGGUUCAUGUAAUGUAAUGGUUCAUAUUGUUUUCCUGAUUUGUGGAUGACAGAAACAAAGCAGUUGACCUUACAGGCUGAAUAGCAGAGUUGCCUUGGACCAGAUUACAUUUCUUUCUGAAUUCUGUUUGUCCCUUAGAGUUGUUGUGUCCAGGAGUCCUAAUCAAGAAUAACUGGUUGAAAUGACAUGCUUACAACUGGUUAGGGUGGCAGGUAGCUAAGCAGUUAAGAGUGUUGGGCCAGUAACUGAAAGGUCACUGGUUUGAAUCCCAAGUCAACUAGGUGGAAAAUCUGCAGAUGUGCCCUUGAGCAAGGCACUUAACCCUAAUUGCUCCUGUAAGUUGCUCUGGAUAAGAGCGUCUGCUCAAUGACUAAAAUGUAAAUGCUAGAAUUACAUCAAUUACUGGUUAGAAGUAGGUCUUUAUGAGGUCAUUUCAACCAGUUUUGCCCGCUGGGAAGUAUAACUGGGGGACAUCAAAGAAGAUGGAAAAGUGCUUCAAGAAUGAUUUAUCUAAAAUAGAAUAAUAAUGAAUAUUCAACGGAAGCCCCUAAUGUUAUGUUUCUUGUUUUUCCACCAUGUGGAGUUAAUACAUGUUUUAUCAUUUUCUAAUAGCAGUAUAUUGAAAAUCUAUUUGUAAAAAAAAGUGUAAAUAUGAAAGAAGCUUCUUCAUAUAUCCCUUUGGACAUAUGGGUGAUUCUGUGUUUGUCAAAUCAGAUAUAUGUUAUACGGUUGGUGAUAGCCUUUACAAUACAUUACAGAACACAUUAUUGUUUUGUUUUAUUUCUAACGCGGAUUUCUUGUAAAAUACUGACUGUCCAAAUCUGCGUUACUCAAUUGUGUUGUUUUUUUUUAAGCGUUUUUUUUACUCUACAAUGCUAGUUCAUUUAUUUCAAGACAUUUAGGAUGUCCAGAAGCACACAAGAGUCCCCCCUCCCCUUCCCUCCUAAUCCAAUGCUAUUCUGACCUAGACUGGGUAAAGAAAACAGUAGUGAGUGUAGCGUUCAGUCUAAUGUAACCAGGUUCAUUCAGACCUACGUCUGUUAUAGUACGUGUACUAUGUGAUUGUUUUUACUGUAACUUCUAGUCAUGUCAUCGUGUUUGACCUUUCACCUGAAGAUUUAACCUUUAAACCUUUGACCUUUGGCAUGAAUCCACAACAACAUGAUCAAACUUCCACGAUACUAUUGCAGUAACGUCCUCCUAGGUUUCCUCCCGACUUGCACACCAACAACAAAUACAUUUGUGGAAAUGUAAUUGUUUUGCUCCUGCCCAUUUCAAGGAGAAAUAAUGUUAGUGUAUUAUUUUCACUUUAUAACAAUGGUAAUAGAAUUACCUCACGUUAUUGUUACUUAUUUCCAAAUCAGUAUAUUCAAAAUGAGUCGCGACCAAUGACAAAAGAGCCUUUUUAAUCCUUGAUAUUAUCAAUAACUAUGGUAAAUGUAUUUCAACUUUCGUUUUUUAUGUCCUGGUUGCAAUUUAAUUUAUUUGUUUGAGCCUUACUGGCCAUUUAAAAAAGUAUUCACAAAUAAACGUUUUUUCUGUCAGUAUUUUAUUCACUGCAUAGGACACUGAAUAUGCAAACAUACCAUGUACAUUUCCCAUCCAAAGAUUUUAAGAGUAAAUAUAUAAAAAGUUAAUAUAAUGUAAUACAUGUUUUACUUGGUAAUAAAGAAUUGGAGAAUA